CGCGGCGGGCGGAGUGGGCGGUGCCAGGGCGCGUUUGGGCCCGGUGCAGCGCCAUGGAGGUCAGGCGAAUGUCCUGGCUGUCUCUGAUCCUGGUGCUGGCCGUGGUGGAUGCAGUGGACAGAUCCAAGUUCAGGACCUGUGAUCAAGGUUCAUUCUGCAGAAGGUACAAGAAAUGGACCAGCAGACCAGAAAGGGAGAAGGCACUCUGGACCAUCCUUCCACAGACCAGGAGUCCCCUGCCGGAGGGCGGCUUUAGCUUUCAGGUGAAGCAUGUGAAUGAGGCCAUAGCUCACUUGCUGCUCAAGCUGGACAUCUAUGCAUCAGGCAUGGUUCGACUUCGAAUCAAUGAGAUCGAGCCGCUGCAUAAACGCCAUGAAAUCCCUCCGGGAGAUGUUGUAAGCGAUCCUCCACCUGCAGCUGCGCAGGUAUCUCCCACAGAUGAAGCUGGAAAGACAAUCUUCAAGUUUGACACUGCAGAUGGCACAAAAGCAGAGGCCAUCCUUCAUCACUCGCCGUUGGCGCUGGAAGUCUCCGUUGGAGGGAAAAUCCUUCAGAGGCUGAAUGCCCGAAACAUGCUCAAUUUCGAGCGAUACCGAAAACCCAAGGAGAGGCUGCCACCUGAUUCAGCCUCGGUGUCUGCAGCCGAUGCAGUUUUGCUAGAUGCAGCCGCUCAUCCUGAUGGAUUGGAUACAAACGGCUUGUGGGAAGAGCCCUUUGGUGGCCACACAGACCAGAAGCCAAGAGGCCCUGCCUCUUUGGGUAUGGAUGUGAGCUUUUUGGGUGAUGUGCCGUCGCUCUUUGGCCUUCCAGAACAUGCCACUAAAGCCAGUCUGCCUUUCUACAGCGAGCCUUAUCGAUUCUUCAACCUCGACGUUUUUGAGUACGAAAUUGAUGAGCCCAUGGCUUUGUAUGGUGCAAUUCCCAUCAUUUGGGCAAUCCAUCGUCUUGAAGGUCAGACGGUGUCCUCGGGCUUCUUGUGGAUCAACCCAUCGGAGACCUUUGUGAAACUGGAGAGGGACACGCCUGACACGAAGGGCGGUCCGGCCCAUGCCUGGUGGACCAGUGAAAGUGGCGUUCUCGAUAUUGUGGUCAUGGUGGGCCCAACACCAAAGACAGUGUCAACGCAGUUCCAUGAUCUCACCGGGCACGGGCCAAUGCCGGGGCUGUGGGCUCUGGGGAAGCAUCAGUGCCGUUGGAACUACAUGAGCGAGAAGGAUGUGGCGACCGUGGAUACGAUGUACGACAAGUAUGACAUUCCUUACGAUACCAUUUGGCUUGACAUUGAGCACACUGAUGGCAAGGCAUACUUUUCGUGGAAUGCUGCAGCAUUCCCCAACCCCAAGCAGAUGAUUGACAACAUCUCUGCCAAGCGACGGAAAUUUGUGAAUGUGGUCGAUCCGCACAUCAAGAAGGAAGAAAAGUUUCACGUCUACCGUGAGGUGCGAGACAAAGGGCUCUUUGUCAAAAAGGUGUCCUACAAACAGAUCGAUGACCCGACAGAUGUGAAGCCAGCUGAUUGGGUUGAAGAGACCAAAAUCCCGGAUCCAUCAGCUACACAACCUCCGGAGUGGAAUACCGAAGAAGACGGGCCAUGGGUUGCUCCCCAGAUUGACAACCCAGCUUACAAGGGCGCGUGGCACCCUCGAAAGGUGAAUGACCCGACUCCUGAACUGUCCGACUUCGAAGGGUGGUGUUGGCCAGGAACAUCCUUGUAUCCAGACUUUACUGAUCCCUCAAUGCGAGAAUAUUGGGGAUCGCAAUUUGCGUUGGACAAGUACGCGGGUACCAACGGAGACACCUACAUUUGGAACGACAUGAACGAGCCCUCCGUGUUUAAUGGUCCAGAGGUGACGAUGCCAAGAGAUGCAGUGCAUCCCCAUGGGAUGGUUGAGCAUCGUGAUGUGCACAACAUGUACGGAUACUAUGUUCACCGAGCCACCUUCGAGGGUUUGCAAAAAAGAACGCCUGGUGACAGGCCAUUUGUUCUUACCAGAUCCUUCUUCAUUGGCUCCCACAAGUACAGUGCCAUUUGGACAGGGGAUAACUAUGCUCAAUGGUCGCACUUGAAAGCCUCCAUCGCGAUGGUGGGUGCGUUGACUCUUGGCGGUCAGUCCUUGGUGGGAGCUGAUGUGGGUGGAUUCUUUAAGCAUCCAGACACUGAGAUGACCGUCAGAUGGUACCAGUUGGCAGUUCUGAUUUAUCCUUUCCUGCGGAAUCAUGCGCACCUGGAGACGCCUCGACGAGAGCCGUACGUCUUCGACGAGGCGACGAUGCUCAGGAUCAAGGCUUCGUUGCAACUGAGGUACAAGAUGUUGCCCUUGUGGUACACCUUAUUCCACCAGUGGGCCACCGCAUCUGAGCCCGUGGUGCGACCGCUGUUCUGGGACUUCUUGGAUGAUCCACAGACACAUGAGAACGAGGAGGCGUUGGAAAGCGAGAUCAUGCUUGGAGAUUCGCUGUUGGUGCACGGUAUCACCAAGCCUUCAUCAGAACAGUCUGAGGCGACAGUGUAUUUGCCAAAAGCGAGUGGUUGGUACAGCUUGCACACUGGGGCCUUUAAAGAGCCUGGAGCGCACGUUCACAAGUUGGACCUUGACACCAUUCCAGCUUACUACAAAGCUGGCACUGUGGUUCCACUGAAAUCCAGAAUACGCCGAAGCUCUGCCUGCAUGAGUCUGGAUCCGUUCACGCUGAAUGUGUAUUUGGACCCACAGACGGGCAGCGCAAAAGGUAGAUUGUACAUCGACGACUACCGCACUCGAACUUACGAGGAUGGAAAGAGUUUCCUGGACAUCGAAUUUGAAUUCAAGGAUGGAGUUUUGAAAGCUUCCAAGACGCUGGGAUCACUCCCAGAGGCUGUCGGAGUUUCAGCCGAAAUUGAGCGCGUGGAGAUCUUUGGCUUGAAAUCAGCCUUGACGAGUGCAGAGGUCACCUCCGGUGGAAAGGUGGCAGCGCUGCCACUGCCCCGAUCGCGACCUUUGGACUCCUCUGCUUUACAAGCUGCAGUCAUCAAGGUGAAGCCAUUCAUUGACAUGAGGAGUGAAUGGCAACUCUCAGUGAAGAGCUGACUUGGUCAGCGUAGGAGUCGUGGAUGUUGGCACGAAGUGCCCAAGUUAGGUUGUCCACUACAAAGACGAACCCGCCAGACUCGAGAAGCAGAAGUCCAACGGCCAUGA